GAAUUUUCUGCCCAACUGCAGUUAUAAGAAGAAGGAAACAGUAUUGUAAUGAAAAGACUAACUUUGCUGCUAUUAGCUCCAUCUAUUAUUAUUUGAAUUUUGCCUCUACAAAAAGAGACUGUUCUGUUAAUUAACAAAAUAUGGGAGAAGUCCGGGAGAUGAAGAACGCUCGUUGGAUGAUUCCAUAUGGAGUAAAGUAAAAAAACACUAUAAAGAGGUAAAAGUUUUUCUAUCAGGACCAGUUGUUCCCAAGAGUGCGUGGCUGGAGCCAUAUGAUCUUAUCAACACAUUUGAGAGCCCUGCCCAAACACUGAGAGAGAUUUUGCUGCAGCAAUGACUGUCAUAGAGGAAAAUCGCCCUUUUGCUCAGCAGCUAUCUAAUGUCUACUUUACUAUACUUUCCCUUUUUUGUUUUAAACUUUUUGUGAAGAUCAGCCUUGCUAUACUUAGUCAUUUCUACAUUGUGAAAGGGAACCGUAAGGAAGCAGCAAGGAUAGCUGCUGAAUUUUAUGGAGUUCCUCAAGGACAAGGUUCUUGGGCAGAUCGCUCACCUCUGCAUGAGGCAGCAAGUCAAGGACGUCUUCUUUCACUAAAGACUUUAUUGUCACAGGGCUACAAUGUAGACACACUAACAAUCGACCAAGUCACACCACUUCAUGAAGCCUGCCUGGGAGAUCAUGUUGGCUGUGCAAGAAUCCUUCUUGAAGCAGGAGCAAAUGUAAACGCUACAACAAUUGACGGAGUGACACCUUUAUUUAAUGCAUGUUCAAGAGGCAGUGCAUCAUGUGCUGAGCUCUUGUUAGAGUAUGGUGCCAAAGCUCAGUGGGAGACCUGUCUUCCUUCACCAACUCAUGAAGCAGCCAGUAGAGGUCACAGUGAAUGUCUGGAGGUACUGAUAUCCUGGGGUAUAGAUGUGGACCAAGAUCUUCCUCAUUUAGGAACGCCUCUGUAUGUUGCAUGUGUUUCACAGCAGAUCCAUUGCAUUCGAAAGCUUCUCUAUGCAGGUGCCAAUGUGCAAAAAGGAAAGCAUUUGGAAACUCCACUACAUGCUGCUGCCCAGCAAUCUAGUACAGAGAUCAUAAACUUACUCCUUGAAUUUGGGGCAGACAUAAAUGCCAAAAAUACAGAUUUUGAGAGGCCUGUAGAUUUAGCUGCCCCAAGCAGUUUAGUGGAGAGACUGUUGCUCCUCCAUGAAGCUACACCAUCUUCUCUUUGCCAGCUCUGCCGGCUACGUAUCCGAAAUUACAUAGGGAGAGCUAGACUCCAUCUUGUCCCGCAACUCCAAUUGCCAACAAUAUUGAAGAAUUUCUUACAGUAUAGAUAAUACAGUAAUUAACGUUUAGAAACUUGAACAAGUACUUUUUCUUCUUUCUGUAUAUUUUAUCUAAAAAAAACCUGCUGGGCGGAAAAAAAGCCUUUGCAUAUUACUUUAAAAAGUCUUUGAUACCCAGUGUAGGGAUGUAACUAUAAUUGGGAGCCAUUCAGCAACUGGUACCAAGGUGCUAAUAAGGCUGAAUUGAAUGAAGUGUGCUAAUGCUCUGGGAAAUGAUUGUAUAGCUUUAGUUUAACACUUACUAAUUAGCUUUAGUGCUGUUAAUUUUAAUUGUGUUUAUUCUUCAUAAUCCGUUUGACACAACUGAACCACAAAGUUUCUUCAAUAUUAUUUGUUGUCCAUUUAGAGUCAUUAUUUUAUGUGUUUUUAAAUUUCUGUUAUUUGUGUACCUAAAAAUACUUGGUGAUAGGUACAUUAUAUACAUUGAUAAAUAAAAUAAAAUAAAUGUCCAUUUUUCUUCUUUAUUUUUUUUAUAGAGGCAAUUUAUUAAUGAUAGUGAGAAGCUUCCUUUAUCUUUCCUCACUGCUUGUGUUGUGAACUGCUCAGGAGCCCAUAUUGUGCAUACUCAUUAUAAAACUGAGAAUACAUAGUGAACAAGUU